CGUCUGAGCUCAGAGAAGAAGACAGAGGAGGUCUGUGUACAUGCAGAGAAUGAGCGAGCUGCUGAGGAUCACGUUUUUAUAACGGACCUUAAUAACAGUCGAUCCGAACCCGAAGUAAAGUAGCUGCAAGUCUCGGUUCUGCAUCAGAGACUCGCUGCAGCCCGGAGCUGGUUGACCGCGGGAAGCCAGAGCAUCUCUGCGGGAGGAGAUGUACCGUGGUCGGCCUCCGCCGAGAGGAGGCUACCCGCCUCCUUUCGAGGGCCGAGGUCCACCGCCUCCGAGGAAUUACCCGGCACCGGACUACAGAGACGACAGGAACCGACCCAGACACCCGUACCACCCCGACUACCACGACCGUGCUCACCCGGACCCGUACCGCCGCUCCCCACCGCGCAGGAGGUACCCUUCCCCCGGGUCAGGAAGUCACCGAGGGGGAGAGUACUGGGCCGGAGGUCCGCCGAGAGAGAGGUCUCCGUCUCCUCGCGGGCCGGCUCCCCUGGACCACAAACUGCUCAUCACCGUGGGCAACGAGCUGACCGGACCGUCUGGGUCGGCCCCCUCACGGCAUCAUGACAGAGACUACCCUCCUCGACCAGAGUACGAGCGGAGCCGGAGCCGCGGCCGGAGCCGACCUCGCAGCCACAGUCGGGACCGGAGUCCGGACCGGGGCCGGGCCAAGAGUCGGCCACGGAGCAAGAGUCGGCCACGGAGCAAGAGUCGGCCACGGAGCAAGAGUCGCAGUCCGGACCGGAGCCGGGCCAAGAGCCGUGGCAGGAGCAAGAGUCGCCCCCGCAGCAGGUCCAGGUCCAGGUCCAGAGGACGGAGCAGAGGGCGGAGCUACAGCAAAGCAGCCAGCUACGGCCGCAGUAAGAGCCGGCAGAGGAAUCGAAGCCGCAGUGCGAGUAGCAGCUCGAGCUCCAGCAGCCGCAGCGGAGACGACAGCAACAUGAAAUCCCAAAAGAAAGAGUUCAAAGAGCUGGAGACGGCUCGACGCAGGAAGGAGCUGGAGGAGAUGCUGAGUCAGCCGACCAAAUCCAUCCUGAAGAGACGCAACGACUCUGAGGACUCGCCGUCCCUCAGGAGCUCAGACUCUCCCAGAGCUCUGGAAGGCUCCAACAUUUCUCGAGUGGCCGACCAGCUGCUGCUGGCCGUUAAAGGCAUGGAGCCCCACAGGGUGGCCGCCAUGCUGUCAGAGCUGCAGUCCCACCCACACACGACUCAACGCGCCGGCCUCGACGCCGAGAUAAAAGAAAUCCUCCACCUGCUGGGGGGGGCGGCGGGGGCCAGGGCUCAGGAGAAGGAGGAGGACGACAUCGACGACGAAGAGAAAUUCCUGUACGGGGACUCGGAGGAGCCCAAACCUCCACCGGCGUCCGAACCGCUCCAGCAUCACGGGCUGGAUCUGUACGGAGACGUGACAGAGGAGGCUCUGUACGGAGACUACACGCCGCAGAAGGCAUCCGUCUCUCAGACUUACGGCCUCCCUCCGGUGGCCUCUCCUCACCUUCAGGCCCUUCCCACCAUGGGGGAGAUGGGUGGACGGUACCCGAGCCAUCCCGCCAUCGGCCCCGAGCAGAACAUAACGGUGCAGGUGUCGAACCCUACCUGCCCGCCGGGGACAGAGCCACUGGAGGAGGGGGAGCGCCAGGCGCUGGAGGAGUACGAGAAGAUCCAGGACCUGCUGAAGACCAUCGGCCUGGACAUGGACAUGGCCGAGAUCAGCAAGAUGGCAGCCAGGACCAAAGAGCGGCUCCACGGGAACAAGCCGCCACCAAAGACCCCCACACGCCGCCAGCGUUACUCCUCAGACAGCUCGGACGGCAGCCGCCGCAGCCGGGACCGCAGGGGGCGGAGCCACAGCAGCAGCUCCAGCAGCAGCAGCAGGAGUCGCAGCCGCGGGCGCGGAGGCAGCUGGAGCAGUGACGACGGCCCCGGGAAGAGAUCGGCUCCACCCAAACCUCACAAUGACAGAGAGGCGACCGAGACGAAGGCGAAGCGGAGCGACCCGGCACUGCCGCGACAAAUCACCCCCGACCCCAACACCCUCCCCCCUCACCCUGGCGUGCCCAUCCCCACCUACCCACCCCCACCGGUCCACGGCAUGAUGCCCCCUAACUUCCCACCGCCGGGUUACGGCCAGUAUGGAAACUACCUUCCCUACAUGCACCAGCAAUGGCCGCCCAUGUACCCGCCCCCCAACAUGAGCCUGCCCCCACAGACCAGCCCGGACGACUUCUCCCGCGCUCUGCCCUACAAAGAGGUGAAGAGUUGUGUUCAGGACGCCGAGAAGGGGAAAGUGAGCAGCCGGGACAGGAGAGAGUCUGAGGAGCAGAACAACGAGAGCCAGAAACAAAAGGUUCUGGAGGAGAGAGAGAAGCUGAAGCAGGAGAGAGAGGUCAGGAUGAAGAAGAAAGAAUAUCUGAUGAAGGAGCUGGAGAGACUCAGGAAGCAACAAGGCGAGCUCCUGAGGAAGAAGCGGCGGGAGAAGGGUGGCCACAAAGACCCUCUGCUGCAGGAGAUCAGCCACCUGCAGGAGGACGUCAUGACUCAGAUCUCCAACCUACGCAAAGAGCACGAGGCUGCCGAGAAGAAACGCAACGAGAUCGACAAGGUGGCACUCAUCCUCGGCCUGAGCCCGUCCGACCGGCCCCGCAAGACCAGUAAGCUGGUUGAGGACCAGGAGGACGUGCCGCCGCCGCCACAGAAGGAGAAACGGGAGGCAGAGAGGAGUCCUGAUGGACGACAGGCAGCCAGCAGCUCCACGAUAAAGCAGGCCUCAGCGGUGCCGCCUCCAUCGAGAGCGUCCAUGGACAAGACGCCCAUCUGUGCAGCGCCGCCGCCGCCGACUUCGCUCCCGGAUCCGUUUGAAUACUAUGACGCUGGAAACCACUGGUGCAAAAACUGUAAUGUCACCUCUGGUUCAAUGUUUGAUUUUUUCACGCACUUGCAUCACAAAACACAUCGAAAGACUCUGGACCCGUACGACCGGCCCUGGGCUUCCACUCCUAACAAAACUGUCAAGAACACAUCGUCAGAAGAGAAGCUGACAAAACCCGCCAAAGGUUCGGAGUUCUUGCUGCCCGUCAGAGGAUUCUUCUGCCUGCUGUGUAAAGAGUUUUAUGGAGACGCCAUUUGUGCAGAAGAGCACGUCACCACACAUGCUCACAAUGAGAAAUACAAGAAACAAAUGUACGAGAAUCCCUUGUAUGAACAGAGGAGGAACCUGGACCGCCAGGCAGGACUGGCUUUAGAGACCAGUGCAAAGAAACGCAAACAUGACGACGAUGUGAAGGGAAACAAAGACAAGGAUGAAAAGUCCAAACACAAAAAGGAGAAAAAAGACAAGGAGAAAAAGAAGGAAGAGGAUGACACUGUUCUGAACGAAGAGAAAUCCAAAGUUAAAAAGGAGGAGGAAGAGAGGCUGAAGCCAAGCAAGCGAGAGGAGGACUUAAACGAUGCCCGAAGCCUGGAAGAGGAGAAGCCUUUUUACAAUAAGGAAGAUGAAAAUGAAAAGUAUAAAUACAGCAAGAAAGAUGAUAAAUACCGGUACAGCAGAGAGGAAGGGGAGAGGGGGAAAUUCAGCAGAAUAGAUGAAGAUGAUGGAUACAAAUACAGUCGAGAAGGCGAUUAUCGGUACCGGUAUCGCAGGGAUGAAGGAGACAGAUAUGAUGACCAUCCCAGAUAUGGGCCAAGAGGAGAUGAGGACAAGUUUAAACAUGGUAAAUAUUCAGAUUUCAGAUCAAAAUAUGAAAGAGAGAGAGAUGAAGGGAAACCGAAGGCUGAGAAGGAAGCCCCCAAAAAGCUAGAGCCGGCUAAACCAGUAGGGAAACCAGAGGUCACCAAACCUGAACCUCCACCAAAGCCCUAUGACCCACCAAAAGUCUUUUGUGGUCCCAGUCCAGCCAUGAGGGCAAAGCUCCGCAAGCAGAGCCAGGAAGCCGGCAAACCAGCACCUUCAUUUGGGAAGUUCACAUGGAAAAAGAAGGAGAAUAUUCUGGCAACGGAGGCACAGAAAGUGGCGGCGGACUUCAUCAAGGAAGAUGAAGCAGCAGCAAAACAGAGUCCAGUCUCACCAGAGGACUCUUUUGCGAAAUCUAUGGCUGUUGCUCAGGAAAUCGCCCAGAAGUUGGGUGGGCAGCCAAACACAACUUCUCCCUGGGUAUCCAACCAGGCCAGCCGGGGAAGGAUCCGACCUAACCUCCCUGGACCUGCUGCAUUCAUGAGGAAAACAGCCAUGUUGGGUAAACCUGCACCUCUGAACACCUUCCUCUCCAUCAGACCCCAAAACACCAGUAUAUCAGGGCCUCCUUCAAAAGAUGGAUCUAUAUUCCCUGAACCUGCACCUCUGAAUACCCUGCACACAACCAGUCCCCAAAAGACCAGUAUACUUGGGUCUCCUCCAGAAGAUGGACCAAAAUUCCCCAGUCCUCAUGUAAAAGCUGUAAAUGCUCAGAAUGUGAUGCUGGAGGCUAAAGCUCAGCCACCAACCGUGCCAGCAAAGCCAUCUGAGACUAAACUUCUGCUGCCAGAGUCAAGACCUGCAGCACUUGAUGUUAAACCUGCACCAAUACAGGCAGAGCCUGUGCUCUCUCUGGCUAAGUCUUCACCAUCUGAAGCCAAACCUGCAUCAUCUGUGGCUACCACUUCCCCAUGUGAAACCACCCCUGCUCCACCCAUAGUUAAACUUGCACAGUUUGAAGUUAAUUCUACACCACCAGUUUCUAAAUCAGCAUUAUUUGACGUUAAUCCUGCCCCCCCGGUCUCUGAACCCACACCAACUGAGGCAAAGCCUGUGCUGUCUGUGGCUCAGACUUCCCUUCUGUCCUCAACUAAACCUACACAACCAACAAUGAUGAAGAUAGUAUCUGACGUGCCAGCUCCUGGAGUCCCAGAAAAUGAGCAAACUCUUACAGUGUUCGUCAAGCCUCCACCUUUCAUGGCUAAGGGUGAUGGAGCUCAGAAGUCUGAAAAGCUCAAGAGUAACCUGGCUGCAGCCAAACGGCAGGAAUUAUUUGGCAUCUUCUACAGCAGCCUUGGCCAAACGAGUGCCUCCUCCAUCACCAAACCAGCAACAGACAACAGAUCUGAUGGCAAUAGCACCAAUAAAAGUCAACUUCCUACUGCACAAGCACAAAAACCACAACCUCAGAGUCCCUCUCCAACCCAAUCCCAACCUCCAGUUGUGGUCUGUACAUCUCCACAACCAAACUCAAACAAUUCCACCAGCCACCAAACCCAGCCAGAUAUUCAGAUUGCUUCUGUUUGGUCUUUGCAGUCUACACCUGCUGCAGCAUCUGAGGUGGUUCCAUCUGGAACAACGUCACAGCCAGCACAACCAAAACUAAAUCCUCCAGCCCAGUCGGAGGUUCAGAGUGUACCCCAAAAGCAAUCCUCAACUCUUGCGUCAGUUUCCCAGAGUGCCCCACAAACUAAGCCUACGGAGCCGGAACCCCCAACUCAAACUAAGUUCCAGCUCCAACUGAGCCCUCAGAUCCAAACAGAGCCACAAUCUAAACCGCAGUUAGAACAGGAAACUCAGUCCCUGUCCCAUCCACCAACCCAGUCAGAGGUCCAUAGUGUACCCCAGGAACAGUCCUUGAUGCCUAAAUCUAAGUCACAAAUUACCCUACAAACCAAGCCUGCCGAGCUCGAACUAGUACAUCAGACUCAGUCCCCACCCAAACAGAGUCCUCACAUCCAAACAGGGCCUGAAGUGGAAACCCAAUCAGACCAGGGCACUCCACCUCUGUCCUAUCCAGAGACCCAUCCUGACGUAGCUCCAGUACCUGAUCGCAAACCAGGCCCCAAAACUAGAGGCAAGAGAACCCCUCCUGCCCCCUGCCCUGUUCGACAAACCAGAUCCCAAACCAGAUACCAGACCCGGCAGCAGCAGAGCCACUCUGAGCCAGAAACGGUUUCAGGAGACUCUGACUCAGCAGCUUCAGACUCAAAGGGGCUGGACACAUCAGAUCCUGGCUCUGGGUCGCACCCGGAAGAGGGGACACCUUGCGAGCAUGACCCUGAGAUGAUGGAGACCACCCCUGAAAACAUUGGCCUCCCCACAGACAUGACCUCUUUGGACUUUGAAACUGAUUUUAACUUUGAAUAGGAGCUGACCCGACCCGGAAUCUGGGGAGGGGGUUUCUCAAAAAAUGUUUUUUCAUCAAUAAUUUACUGUACUUGAAGGCAGCUGGAAGUGGUGAGAGAGACACUCGCAUUGACAGACUUGCAACUUUCUAAAACGCCUACCAGGUUGAGGUUUAGUGAAACCAUCUUGGUAUCUGUCUUCUCCAGAGUCUGAUGUUUCAGAUGGAUGUCAGUUUCAUUCCCGUGCAUCCAGCACAGAGACUAAACACGACAGAGGAGCUCCCGCACUCUCAAUCAGUCUUAUUGGUGCAGCAGAAUGCAACGUCUGCUGUCUCUUCAAAACAAACAGAAAAACUAGUUUUAUUACUGAUGUGGAUGUUGAGCACCUUGUCAGGUACAUUAGAGGAAACUUCAACUCAAAGUCAUAAAAUAUAACUCAUUCAUUGGGUUUUGAUGUCGGUCUUGACAUCUGACUCUCUGGCAGACAGAAGAAGAGAAAAUGACAAACUGUUCUUUUGAAUUUUAUUUAAGUCUGUUAUAUGUUCACAGAAAAUCUCUGUUCUUUUACCUUUGAGAGUUAAAGUCCUCUACCCCAGUUGUUUUCCUUGUUUUAUACACACUUCUGAUGAUAAAAUACAUCAGUUUUCCUCUAUGCCUUGUGUUGUGACCACUGAUCUGUGGCCAGUGUCACUGUGUCUGAUAAAACUAAUGACUCGUGUUGUAAAAAUCGUUGCUUAAAGUAAAGUUUUAAUAAAAGUAAAUGAGGAAACAACAGA